AUGAAAGGCGUCUGUCUGAUGUCUCGCUCCCGUCACCGAAGGUCUCACAGUGGCAACAGAGAUCGAGAUCGUGGUCAGCGCCGAACCCGAGACAGAGACCGGACACGGGACAGAACUAAAGACAAAGAGACGGACAAAGCCAAAGAUAAGGAAAAACAAAGGAAAACCGGGAACAUCAAAGCUGGAUUAGAACAUCUGACGAGCUCCUCUUACACCACUGUACUCCUUCCGCUAUUAGAGGCUUCAACUAAAACCGAUGAAGCACUGAAAGCAAAGGAGAGUAUGAGAGAGGAAAAGACAACGCAAGAAGAAGACGAAAUGUCUCUCGCCGAGCAGGUGAGGAGGAUAAAGGAUAUCGAGGCCAUUGAGAGCGACUCCUUUGUUCCUCAGGCUUUCAAAUCAUCUUGGGAUGCCACCAAGGUGACUGAAGCUUCAGAGAUCAAGAACGAGGCAGAGACUAUAAAGGAGGAAGUCACCCUUUUGCCCGGCUCCAUCAUGUACACUGACAGCAACACCCUGGCUCACCCUAACUUAACUGGCUCUCUCGCUCUCCUGCCGCUCUUCGUGGAUGCAGAGGAGGCAGAGAGCGUGUGGUUGAACAGACUGAUCUCUCUGCGUCAGGAGAGGCUCAUGGGGAGUCCAGUGUCCUGACCAGAUCCAGCUUCCU